AUGCUGAGAAGGGAAGCCCAGCAUCCCAAGGUGGAUAUUGAUUUUACUCUCCGGCGCGUGUUUGGAAAGCAAUCCUUCCGUCCACUUCAGCGAGAGGUUAUUUCAGCCGCUAUCGAUGGGCAUGAUGUCUUCUUACAGGCAUCAACUUCCUUCGGGAAGAGCUUGUGCUUCCAGCUACCGGCUGUUGUGAGCAAUGGAGUGACUCUAGUGAUAAGUCCAUUGCUAGCUCUUAUGACUGAUCAGGUCUCCGCGCUUGAAGCAAUUGGCGUUGCGGUUGCCACCAUCAACUCGACUACCGGAUUGCCAGAAAGACGGAAGAUCAUGGACGAUCUGUUCUCUGGCCACCCUAAAACACGUCUCCUCUACGUGACGCCCGAACUCUGUCAGACGGAGGCCUUUCGACGAAAUCUACAAAUUAUCCACUCCCAGGGACAGCUGAUUCGCGUUGCCAUUGAUGAAGCCCACUGUAUUAGCGAAUGGGGCCAUGAUUUCCGUCCCGCGUACAAAGAAUUGUCCUGGUUUAGACUCAUGUUGAAAAAUCCUCCAGUCCCCAUGAGUGCUUUGACUGCAACCGCUACCCCACGCGUGCGGGCAGAUAUUAUCAAAUUGCUAGGUUUCGAUACAGGGACUUUGAAAAUCUUCAAUACGCCUUCCGCCCGGCCGAACAUCCACUACGAGGUACGGUAUCUCACCGACUUCGCUAGUGAUCCUACAAUGCCCGAAGACUUCCAGGUCGACGAUCUUCUCUCCUGGCUAAAGGCCAUCCAGGAUAGGCGCAUCGCCAGGCUUGGCUCAGACGCUGUCUCCCGUCUUCCACCGAUGUCGGGCAUCAUUUAUGUACCGCUCCGUGUCGUCUGCGAUCAGCUAGCGGGUGCGCUAUCAUCGUCCGGGCGAGGUAUCCAAGCAGUGGCCUACCAUGCUGGACUGUCCACUACCGACAGAAAUCGCAUUCAGGCUAUGUGGACUUCAACCAAGCCGCCUCCCACUCCAGUAGACAGAGGAGGAGGAGAAGGAGAGACGGUGCCUACCGCUUUCUCGAUUAUUGUGGCGACGAAUGCCUUCGGGAUGGGAAUCGAUAACCCGCACGUGCGGUUCGUUGUACACUGGAGUCCUCCCCGCAGCUUCGAAGGCUUAGUGCAGGAAUCAGGACGUGCAGGUCGAGACGGCUGCGCCGCCGUAUCUCUUGUUUACUACAACACGCAAGAGCGGGACCGAGUUCUCGAUCGUCUCGGGAGAGACGCGGAGAACUCGAACAACCGUCCGGGGGGCAUCAUGAAUAACAGCAACUCUCGAAAUCGAGAAGAUGCAGCCCGUUUGAAGAAGCAAAACCACAAGGCUCGGCUGGAGAGUUUUCAGAAAGUCAUCCGCUACUGCGAGACCACGAUUCGGUGUAGACACGAGAUGAUCAAAGAGUACUUUGGCGAUUUGGAAUUGGAAAUGAUGGGCUCCCAGGCGGCACCGGUGCCGCAACCCUCAACAACUUUGCGGACCUCUCCUUGCGACUUUGCCUGCGACUUUUGCAAGGAAGGCCGGCAAGCUCUCUCCACACGCAAGAGGAAGAUGGUAGCCGAAAGUGCCGUAGAGGAUUGGAUGGAGCUGAGUAUGGUACCUAUUAUGCGCGCCAUGUUCCCUGCGCAAUUCCGAGGCGCCGGUUCCAUGUACGGUCCCCAGUGCCAAGAGUGUGACUAUUGA